AUGCCAGAUCCGCUGAGCAUUGCAACCGGCGUACUUGCUCUGCUCCAAGUGACGGGUUUCGUCGCAAGCGAACUCAAGAAGUUCCACGAUGGCUCAUCCCUUGCGAAUAAAACCCUCUCCGACCUCCACAGAGACCUCGAGAGCCUGAACAGGGUCUUGGAGUCGAUGCGUAAUGCUUUUGAGCACAUCACAGCCGAACAAAGUGGCACGACGGGGCAUGUUGGCGCUCUGUGGGACAAUGUCGCACGCUCGAUACAAGACAGCAAAGAUGUCAUGAGAGAGUUGCAAAACUUAUUGAUCGAGAUCAACAAGGACGCCAGCUUCCUCGACGAGCAUCGGAAGCAACUUCGACUCAAACGUGCCGAAGAACGAAUCACCCGGUUUCGUCUGCACAUCCACUCAUACCGGGAUGGCCUGCAGCUCUCUAUGCAAACAAUCAUCCUUGUCAACCAGAUGUCUUAUAGCAAAUCGGCAGAAGACAAAGUACUGCCCAGUCUGAGCCAGCUCCAGGACGAUGUCCGCCGAAUCGCUGUGGGCCUAAACCAACGGAUCGUCGGCUUACGAGGCACUCCCGGUACGCCUCAAGAUGAUGUGCAACAGCAAGUUGCAGCUAUGAGCAAUCUGCGAGACUGCGUCCGCUCUGCCGCUAGUACGAUCUCUUCGGCUACGACAGUCAUGACGGCGCGGAGGCUCGACGACGACGCGAAGUCGGAUCUUGCAGACUAUUUCCCAGCAGAACAGAGCCUUGCCAUGCAGAGAUGGAUGGAAUCUCAGACUGUCUGUGAAUACGGAGAAGACUCUGCUGUCCAUUAUCCGCCACCCCAAUCAGUGGCCGACGUUCCAGUCUUCGAAGGGGACGGAGAUGCAGACUCCGACGAUGAACUGCAGGACGAGAUUGUGCGACUGCUUUACGAGAGCGGCAUGGCCAAGCUACGUGCCGGUGAUACGUCAGGGGCAGAAAGGUCGUUACGGAACUGCCUCAACCGGCUACGCCAGGCAGGUAUCGGCAGACCUGGGAGCGCACUCGGGCAGCAAAGCGAGACCCUCAGGCUGGUGGUAACACGUCUGUGUGACAUCUUCCACUCACAACAACGGUGGAUCGAGUGUCAGGACGUGCUAUCGCAGAAAUUAGCGCUCAUUGAGCGUCUUAGCGGCACGAAAGAUCUGGAGUACUUCAGAGACUCCAUUUUGCUUGCUAAUGUGAUGAAGGAGCUAGAUGACACAGCAGCCGCGCAGCUGCAUGCGAGACGAGCUCUCAAGGGCUGUCGGAAGCUACAGGACACUGUUGGGGUCGACGCCUCUUUGGUGUUGCUGAUCGAUCUCUGUGAGGCCGACGGCAACGAGAACGACAGAGAUGCCUACGCUACAAUGCUUGAGACGCUGGUAGUGUAUGAAUCGAGUCCGGCGCAUGCUGGCCAGAUGCCCGAACAACAUGGCGCGUCAUUGGCAGAUGCACCUUCGAGCAUAGGCCCGACAGAAGCCGCCGCCGCGGCCGUAUCCAAGCUGAACCUCCAGAGCACAGCAGCUGAGGGCAGGCGAGGACAGUUCGGAGACCGCUCCAAGACCACGGGUCUUCAUAUGGUCACUCAACAGAGGACACAAGAUCAACGCCAGGCUCGUACUACCGCUGAACUUGUCGGUCCCACAGCAGAACCCGUACCAGAAGCGCCAGUCUUCACGGCCAAAAUUGUUCUUAUCGGUGACUCAGGAGUGGGUAAAACGUGCCUCCUGAAAAGGUUCUGCCAGGGUGUAUUCCUUGACGAAUAUACUCCCACUACCUUCGAUAACCAUGUGGAUAACGUUGAGUUGGAUGGCAAAUACAUGCAUGUGGCUCUACGGGAUACUGCUGGAGCUCAAGGAAGCUACGACGACCUUCGACGGGCAUCGUAUCGGGACGCACACGUGGUUCUCAUCUGUUUCGCUAUCAACGAUCCGUAUUCGUUGAUGAACGUCGAACGAAAGUGGUACCGGGAGACCAUGGAGCUUUGCCCAAAAACCCCGACACUACUUGUUGGCCUGCAACUCGAUCAACCCAUCACGACCCUCGACAUGGUACAAAAGCGUCUUGUGGCGCAGAAAGAAAGUGUAGCCGUGGGACGAACAAUCGGCGCGCGGAAAUACUUCGAGUGCUCUGCAAAGACGGGCGAAGGGGUCAGGGAUUUGUUUGAGUAUGCUACUCGCACGGCCGUAGCUUACGGGACGAAACCAUCGAAGAAAAAAGAGAAAGGCUCUCUGAGAAGACUGUUCGGUUCCCGAGGUUGA